GUGAAUUCAGGGAGAGAAAAGGAAAGAAAUAAUGGCAAGCUCUGAGUGCUGCUCAAACCCUCCGACCCUGAACCCCUCCAGCGGCACCGGCCAUGUCGAAAGCCUCGGCGGUCUGGACUCCUAUGUCACUGGCUCCCCUGAUUCCAACCUUGCCGUUCUUCUCAUCUCUGACGUUUAUGGAUUUGAAGCUCCAAACUUGAGGAAGCUUGCUGACAAAGUUGCAGCUGCUGGGUUCUUCGUUGUGGUUCCUGACUUCCUUAACAAAGACCCUUAUGCACCUGAAGAUGCCAACAGACCUAUUUCUGUUUGGAUAAAAGAUCAUGGACCGGACAAGGGAUUUGAGGAUGCAAAGCCAGUUCUUGAAGCUUUAAAAAGUAAAGGUGUUUCUGCAAUCGGUGCUGCAGGCUUCUGUUGGGGAGCCAAGGUUGUGGUUGAACUUUCAAAGCACGCUUCAAUUCAAGCUGCUGUUCUGUGUCAUCCGUCAUUAGUCACUGUGGAUGAUAUCAAGGAGGUUAAGGUUCCUAUUUCUAUACUUGGAGCUGAGAUUGAUCGGAUGUCUCCGCCUGAAGUCGUGAAACAGUUUGAAGAGGUUUUAACUGCAAAACCUGAGGUUAAGAGCCAUGUGAAAAUAUUCCCGAAAGUGUCACAUGGGUGGACGGUGAGGUACAGUGUUAAAGACGAAGCAGCUUGUAAAUCUGCCGAGGAGGCUCAUCAAGAUUUGUUGAAGUGGUUCUUGAACCAUGUCAAGUGAGUGGCCUCAUCAAGAUUUGUUGAAGUGGUUUUCCUUAUCAGCUGCCAUCUAUUAGUAAUGGAUAAAUAAUGCCUCUGGAGUUUUAUGUUCGUAUUUGUUUGUAAUGGAUAAAUAUUGCUUUUGGAGUACUUAGAUCUAACGGAGGACAUGAUACAAAACCGAGCGCAAUGGCGGUCUAGGAUUCAUAUAGCCGACCCCACUUAGUGGAAAAAGGCUUUGUUGUUGUUGUUGUUAUUUGUUUGUCAAGUUUUGUAAUAGAAUUUUACAGCUUAAUUUUCAUGUAUUCCAUAAUUCUGAAUACAAGUACAUACAAUUCUUAUUACAUAAGGAAACAAUAAAGGACACUAAUAUUACCUUCCUAAAA